AUGGUUCCUCCAAAGAAGAAAACUACUACCAAGAUGGAUUUGAAUUCAUUCCUGAAUGAUGAUACAUUCGGUUCAUCUUGGGCUGAAGAAGAUGUGGAUUUGGACAAGAUUAACAUCCCAAUUGAAAAUGUCCAAGCUAAUACUAUCCCAUUGGACCAGUUAGCCUCCAACCGUAGACCUGGUUAUUCUGGUAACACUGGUGGGUUUGGUUCUUCUAGUAAGAUGUCUAGAUUAGAUCCAGCCUUGAAUGGUGCUCCAAACAUGGGUGGUGGUUCAAGAAGAGACCGUACCGAAUAUCCAAUUCCAGAAUACCCUCCAUUCAGAGCCAUUGUCAACAAUAUUCCUUGGGAUAUCUCCGAGGAAGGGAUGACUGCCUGGAUUGAAGAUGGGUUACAAAAGCAAGGUGCCGUUGUAGAAUUGGAAUUGCCAAAGACUUUUACAGAGCCUAUUCGUUUAAAAGGUAUGGCCUUUGUCACAUUGAAGACUCGUGAAGAUUUGGUUAAAGUCUUGAGUUUCAAUGCUUCUAGUUUAAAUGAAAGAACUGUCUAUGUUUCUGUGGCAGCUCCAAGAAAGGAUUUCGGUUCUUCUAGAUCUGAUUUGGACUGGGGUGCUGCCAGAGGUUCCAAUUUUGCUACAGGUCAAACUUCUAUUAGAUCUGAUUUGGACUGGGGUGCCGCUAGAGGUUCUAACUUCAACGAUUCUGGACCAAGAAGGGAAAGAAGAGAAGAAGCAAACUUGGAUUGGAGUGCUGCUAGAGGCUCUCAUUUCAAUGAAUCUUCUGCACCAAGAAGAGAAAGAAGAGAAGAACCAAACUUAGAUUGGAGUGCUGCUAGAGGCUCCAACUUUAAUGACUCUGCUCCAAGAAGAGAAAGAAGGGAAGAACCAAACUUGGAUUGGAGUGCUGCCAGAGGUUCUAAUUUCAGCGACUCAACCCCAAGAAGAGAAAGAAGAGAAGAAGCAAACUUGGAUUGGAGUGCUGCUAGAGGUUCUCAUUUCAAUGAAUCUUCUGCACCAAGAGAAAGAAGAGAAAAGAAAGAAGAACCAAAUUUGGACUGGGGUGCUGCUAGAGGUUCCAAUUUUACCGAAUCUUCCAGAGAAAGAAGAGAUUUCAAACCAAAGAAACAAGAACCAGAAUUAGACUGGGCUGCUGCUAGAAAUUCUACUGUCAAGUCUACUGACCGUAAAUCUUCUUAUUCUAGAAAAUCUACUUCUGAAGAAAAGACUACUACAGAUCAACCAAAGAUUCAAAGCUCUUCAUUUGCUGCUUUAAGCAUCGAAGAUGAUGAUGAUGAUGAAGAAGAAGAAAAUGCUAACACUUCUAACAAAAAUACUGAUGAAACUACUAAACUGGAAAGAAAAGCUGCAAAAUUAACCGCCAGCGAUGAUAGUGCUGAGGGCUGGGAAGUUGCUGGCAAGAAGUAA